AUGCAAGCGGUAGUACCGCGGGCACGUAUAAAGCGUACUGUUGCAUGUCGGCAAUUCGGAACGACAGAAGAAGAUCAUGAUCCUAGUGUGUCUGCUCAUACUCGGCAUCGUCGUCGUCAGCUACGUGUCCAGCACCUUCCUGUGAGCGCCGCGCCCGCACCAGGUAACCGUGCGGCGGCGAGCGCGCCCGCGGCACCCGCGGGGACGCGCUCGCCGACU